AUGUUUGACGAACCCGCAGUGCCGCAUCCGCACCGCACUGCAAACCAGCACGCCGCAUUUCGUCGUGGGAUGCGAUUCUUUGUGAUUGGCAGUAGUAUUAUGAUCGUCAUUGGCGGCACCGUGUAUUUUGGCUACCACAAUCUGGGCGCCGACCAAGGCGAGGACAAUGGGCGCAGCAGUAUCUUGAGCCGCUCUGGUCUUGAAUCUCUGUACAACGAUCUGAAGCGCGGUGUGAGUGAAUCACAGGAUACGGCACAAUUUAUGCUGCUCGCGCUUUCGCGCUCCACCACCAUUGUUUCUGCAGCCGCGCUUUGUGUGUGGGACUACCGACAGACCCUCAACGCACACUACAAUGCGAAAGCGGAAGAAGAAGAGGCGAUGCGGACCUGUCAUUUGCGCAGUGCGAACCGCAUGCUGAAUGCGAUGCAGACCAACGGUGGUCUCUACAUCAAGCUCGGCCAACAUCUCAGCUCGGUGAUUCUCUUGCCGCCGGAAUGGACCGACACGCUCAAACCACUGCAGGACCAGAACGAGCCAACACCAUUGAACGAGCUGGAGGCGCUUUUCCAGAAGGAAACCAACAAAACAUUUGAACAGGCAUUCGAAUGGCUGGAUCCCAAGCCGCUCGGCGUCGCGUCCUUGGCACAGGUACACCGCGCCAAAGACCGCGAAACGGGGCAGAUUCUCGCUAUCAAGAUGCUGCACCCCAAUGUUGAGCGCUUUUCAAGUGUAGACAUGAAGAUGGUCACCAUUCUCGUGGGCUGGGUUAAGCGCGUGUUCCCUGAUUUCAGUUUCGAGUGGCUCGCCGACGAGAUGAACAAAAACAUGCCUUUGGAGCUCGACUUCCGCCAUGAGGCUGAGAAUUCGCGGCGUGCACAGCAAAACUUUCAGCAGUACAAGUACACCUCUGUCACCUUCCCCCAGGUGCCGUGGGUCUUUCGUCGUGUGCUUGCGAUGGAGUUUAUUGAAGGCGCACGCCCCGACAACCUGCAGUACCUUGCCGAGCACAAAAUCGACCGAAACCGCGUAUCCCAGGAGCUCUCCAAGAUCUUUUCACAGAUGCUCUAUCUCCACGGCUUUUUCCACGCCGAUCCGCACGGCGGGAAUGUGCUGAUCCGACCCCGCCAAAGCCAAUCCCGCUCGCGCGAAAACUUUGAGAUUGUCCUUCUGGACCACGGCCUGUACUUUGAAAUCGACGCUCAGUUGCGCGUAAACUAUGCGCGGUUUUGGCUUUCGUUGCUUUCGCGCGCCACGCCGCAAGUGCAGCGACAGCGGCGACAUUACGCCAAAUUGGUCGGAAACAUUGACGACGACCUGUACCCCAUCUUGGAAUCUGCCAUUACAGGUCGCUCUGGCCUCGAGGGCAGCGACGCGCAUAAUCCUUCGGGCAUAAAAGGCAAGACGAGGGUCUCGUCCCUCUUGGACAUGGACGGCGGCGCCAUCAUGACUGAGGAAGAGCAGGAGCAUAUUCGGAAGACGGUGAUGGAGAAGGAAGGCAUGUUUAUCAACGUGCUCGAGGUGCUCCGCAAAGUUCCGCGUGCGAUGCUCAUGGUGCUCAAGAUUAAUGAUUUGCUGCGCUCCUUGGACAAGAAUCUGUACACCACGCAUGGCCCUGCGAGACCGUUUAUCAUCACCGCUCGCUAUAGCGCCUUGGCCGUGUACCAGGACGACAAGGAGAAGAUCAAGGAGGAAUGGCGCCAGGAUGGCUUUACCUGGCCGCUCGUCAAAUACUACUUUAGUUCUUGGUGGAACUAUACCUACUUUUACCACGGCCUCAUGCUGUUGGAGCGCUGCUCAGACUUUACCGCACGCAUCCACAAGUACCUGGCCUAUCUCCGCACCUUUUAUAGCGUGGGCUUCGACCGCUUGGCCGCUGAGCGCGCGGCGGCGGGCAUCGAGGAGCAAGAACGAAGCGCCAAAAGAAUAAAAGAGGAUCAGAGCCGCGCAAUGGCGUCCCUUGCAGACAAUGCUACGGAAGAAAUGCUCACAAAGGAACAUGUGCAGCCGCAGUAA